AUGGGUUUGCUUUCCCGCCUCCGUACCCAGUUGGUUUCUUGGUGGCAGGACAUACCAUUGCCGACUGACAUAGCUGCGAAUUUCCAAAUGUGGCACGAAUUUGAUGGCACUCAAGAACGAUGGCGAACUGUGAGAACAACAGCUCCUGAAACGUCUAUCACCCCAGGCGCUCCGAAUAACGAAGACACCCGGCCGACAGUUGAACAGCCUUCUUACAACCUUGUCACCUGGAACGUCGACUAUUCUUCGUCACAUCCGGCCCAGCGUCUUACCGCUAUUCUCUCGCAUCUUUUCGCACUUUCACCGGCCAUUGACAUUAUUUUUCUCCAAGAAGUCUCUCGCGAAGCCUUAUCAUCUCUUCUCAGCAAUCUGGAAAUCCGCCGUGACUGGUUUCUGAGCGACGCUGACGGUAUUCUUCCUGCCGGGCAGUCAUUCUUGACCAUCACUUUGCUUUCUAAAGCUCGUUUCCGGGAGACAAUCGGCCUUAGCCCGGUCUGGCGUGUCCCCUAUACGAGCCGCUUCGGUCGUGACGCGCUAUGCUGCGACAUUUUUGCGCCCAUGGCUUCUGACGCGCCCGGUCCUACCCGUAUUCGCCUCAUCAACGUUCAUCUCGACUCCCUUCCAAUACAACCUUCCCUCCGGCCUCAGCAAGUUUCAGCUUCUGCCGCCCUGUUACGCUGCGCAGGCCGGGGUGUAAUGGCUGGUGACUUCAACCCUGUGCUGCCCGCCGACGCGGAUGUCGUGGAACACAAUGGCUUAAUCGAUGCCUGGGCUGCACUACGUCCCAACGAUGAGGGCUUUACUUGGGGCGUGAGGGGGGAUGAGCCAUUUCCUCCAAACCGCAUGGAUAAGGUUGCCAUAUUCGGGGUGAAGGUGGAAGAUAUCGGAGUGCUUACACCAGCUUUCGUGGAGAACACGGGUCGGGUUAGAGAACAUGAGGAUAGCGACUCAGUUGUGUGGAGUGACCAUUCGGGCUUGAAAUGUUCGUUCAAGUUGGUUGAAUCAUAG